AUUUUUUUUGCAUCAGAUAAGCAUAUUGACCUCAAGAACGCUGUCAAGUCGUUCUGAACCAGCUGGCAAGCUGCACGUACUUCCACAGCCACGCUUGUCAAGCACAGCGACUCCGAAGCUCUGCGGUCACGUGCACAGUGAGAACAACAAGGCUGGCAUGCGAAGUUUCCUGGCCGUCGUCGCCGUAUCGGCAUCCGCGACGGCAUUCGUCGUGCCGGCCCGUCGCCAUGCAUUGACGCGCCGCGCAGCGCACGACGACGGUGACACGAUUACGCAGCUCAUCGACGCGAAGGAGGCCGAGCUCGCGGACGCCGACGCCGUGACGACGACCAAGACGACCACAACGAUGCCGAACUACGUCGAGCAGGCCAACUAUUUUGAUGGAGACCGCCCUGCGCCGGCGUGGGAGCUCGCGCAGACGAACUUUCUCAAGCAGGGCGCGACGAUCCUAGGACAGGUGGCCGAAAGCAUCGGGCUCCAGAAGCGGGACCCGGGCGCCGUGCCCGCGUCGCUGGGCCUCGUCCUGUCGAACGAGGCCGUGACGGAGGCCGAGCGGAAACGCGAGGCGUCGGGCGGCCGCGUCGACGCGCACCCCGUGUCGCGCAAGCUCUAUGAUGUGGGGUGCCUGUUCUUGGACACGCUCUUCGACGAGCGGCCCAUACAACGCUUCUGGUUCCUGGAGGUCAUCGCGCGGAUUCCCUACUUCUCGUACGUCUCGAUGCUGCACCUCUACGAGUCCUUCGGGUGGUGGCGCGGCCCAGAAUUACGCAAGGUCCACAACGCGGAGGAGUGGAACGAGUUGCACCGCCCUGUGUGAAAUCAACCAGUGAGAAUUGUGGUGCCGUUACGGGGACGACGUCGCGUCGAUGGGGCGUCCGCAAAUUUGAUUUCCACACAGGCACCACCUCCUGAUCAUGGAGGCGCUCGGGGGGAAUUCGCUGUGGUCCGACCGCUUCCUGGGCUACCACGUCGCGAUUGGGUACUAUUGGAUCCUCAACGUCGUAUUCUUUUUCAGUCCUAGGAUCGCGUACCAGUUCAUGGAACUGCUAGAGGCGCAUGCCGUCGACACGUACGGCACGUUCGUCGUCCAAAACCGCGAGCGGCUGGCGGAGUUACUGGCAGUGCACAAAUCAGAUUUCGCUGCGCUUCUCAUUAACGCGGCGCUGCUCGACGGAUCCACCCAACUCACUGAUUGAUUGCGCACAGGUUACCGGCGCCCGCCGUCGCGACGUCGUACUACUCGUCGGGCGACUUGUAUCUCUUCGACGACUUCCAGGUCUCGACGCCGCCGGAGACGCGCCGUCCCGACUGCGCGACGCUGCUCGACGUCUUCACGAACAUCGCCAUCGACGAGGGCGAGCACGUCAAGACCAUGCAGGCGUGCCAGGACUACGCGCGCAUCGGCGCGCGCGUCGUGUCGCCUCAUAUGGACGGCGCGCACGCGGCCGAGUCGCGGGAGAAGUGGGUGCGCUGGGCCGCGGAGGUCAACGAGGCGGCGAAGCACUAGCCGGACUGUGCAAGCGAGGCGUUGCGUCGCCUCUGUCGUAUCUGUAUCUAACUGAGUGUUAAUAUAA